CCCGAGUCCGUUGAUUAUCUGUAGAUGAUCCAUUGGCUUAUAAAAGGAUGAAGCUUCCACUGACGAGUUGUUGCUAUUGUGCGUAGAACAACGUAGAACAAACUCAACGAUUUCCGAGAACUUCACACUCGAUUCAAGUUUGCGCGGUUCAAAGUAACACGCGUCGAAAGAUCUUUUAUCGAAACAACGCCAUCCAGAAACCAGCUGCUUCAUUUCAGCAAUGGCGGUGUCAGCAAGUGAGCCGCAGGGCGGCGUAAUUACCCAGAUCGCCCGAUCGGUGGGCUUCUCGAAGACCUACAACUUCUGGCUAUGGGCUGUCUUCGGUGGUGUUCUGCUCGGAUUUUCCGUGUCUCGGUUACCAUACCUCGACUUCUACGGCGUCUUUUGUAGCGGUCCGGGAAUGGCUAGGGGUAACAUGGGAGCCGCCACACCUGGCGAGUGCUUCUACUACCUGAACCUCACCCUCGGUGGCCUCGCCAUCAGAACACACCUGUGGUGUGUACUGCCCGCGGCUUUGCUCGCCUUCGGACAGUUCGUCCCCAUAUUCCGACGCAAGGCUCUGUGGCUCCACCGAAUCAACGGUUGGAUCUCGACCGUUCUAUCUCUUGGUGGCGCCCUUUCCGCCCUGCCGAUGUUGAAGCACACGAUGGGUGGCAGUACCGAAACCCAGUCGAUGAACCUCUUACUGUUUAUCAUCUUCGUCACUGCGGUCUACAAGGGAAUUGUCGCCGCUAAGAACCACAAGAUCCAAGAGCACCGCAACUACAUGUUACGCGCUUGGGUUUACGGUGGAUCUGUAAUUACUCUCCGACUUAUCAUGUUGGCCACUUCCAUCAUGAUGUCGUACAGUGGUAACUGGUAUGUCGCCAUACCAUGCGACAAGAUCGAGUACUUGAUGGACGCUCAGAACGCCACCAUGGCUGAGUACCAAGCCAAGUACCCUGAUUGCGCACCUCAGUGGUCUGGAGAGGACCCGCACCGCCACAUUGCUGUUCGUGUAUACGUCCUCGACGACGACCCAGUGGGUGUUGCUGCCGCCCACUCCCACUGCUUCGGCAUGUCGGGUUAUGUAGCCAUCAUUCUGCACUUCGUGGCAGCUGAAGCCUACAUCUACUGGACUUCGCCCGAGCGUAAGGUCUCCAAGGCCAUUCGAUCUAGCGAGACUAGCCACGCUGCUAAGAAGGUGGAAUAAAGCUUACGCAAAGAGCUCCUGGAAAUAUAAUUUCCGCCUCCGUGAAGUAAAGGUUUGGUAUCAGAAUAGUUGUCAUGAAUUUAGCGGAGGCGGAGUUAGAGACCAGGGUUAACACAAUGUACCUUAUAUCAUGUUACCCGUUUCCACCCGUACGGGUAGAAUCUAGGAUAAGGGGUCGGGGUCGGGGUCGGGGUUAUGCAUAUCAUGAGAUGGCUUAGUACGCAUGUAUAUAAGGCCGAGGAAGGAAAAUAUAAGAUAGUGAGAAAGAUGCUCCUUAUAUACCUACCUACAUAUUUAGAUCGUUAGGUGAUGCCCGCAAGCCCCUAGCGCACGGGCUUAGUCUAUGAUAAUUCUCAUAUUAGCA